AUGCCACUUUUUGGUUGGAUGAAAUGGUCAAAAAAUGAUUCCUACAAAACUGCCAAAUAUCCUGGCUCAGAAGUAGUGACCAAGACCCUGCUGAGGGAAUUGAAAUGGCACCUGAAAGAGCGUGAAAGAUUAGUACAAGAGAUUGAAAAUGAACAAAGAGUCCAGAAAAAUGGUGUGGAUUACAACUGGCUGAAGAACUACCAAAAUCCUCACGCCACAAUCCCAGCUACUGAACAAAGGCAGCUUGAAGUCCUUUGUUCACAAAUUCAACCUUGCCAAACUGGAACUGUUCUUAGCAGAUUUCGUGAAGUUUUGGCAGAAAAUGAUGUCUUACCAUGGGAAAUAGUCUACAUAUUCAAGCAAGUUUUAAAAGAUUUUCUAGCUACAACUGAGAAGGAAAACCAACAAGACCAACUGGUAGAUGUAUGGAAUACAAAUUGCUCUGAACAUUUCACAGUGCCUGGUUACAGCUCUAACAAAUCGGACAAAGAUGAAAUUCCCACAGUUUCAAGUUACGUUGACAAAAAUACACAGAGCAUGUUUCCCACUUUUUCUCACCGAAUCUGGAAUCUUCCAUAUUACUAUCCAUCAAGUUAAAAUUUUUCUUCAGUUAUCUGAGUUCCCUUUUAUCAUCCCAAUUCAGAGACGUAAAAACAUAUAGGAAUAAGAAAUAUGGCAUGCUCCCCUUUGUUGCUAGCUCAGAAUUUUAAAUCCCUAAUUAUAGUAUCUAUACAUUUUACAAACUUUAAUUAAAAUCAUUAGCCUUUUUACCAUUACUAUUCCAAGGAUGUUGUGUUUAAGGGCACCUUUU